CACUGAGUUCAAAUUCAGCCACCGCUGUGCAGUUUUGAGAUGAGUCAGCAAAUCUGCUCUUCCCAGCCAGGUCAACGUUGCAAGUGCUUCGAUCGAAACGUUUACGAUGAGAGACACCCUAAAACACCCACGAAUUACGCGCACGGUCGGCUGGACUCGACCUGGUCACAACUUUGACAGAAAUUUGAGUCGCUCGUUAUCCAACGACAUGAUUUGCCAUCGGUGUUUUUAUUUUCAUCGCAGAAGAUGAUCAUUAAUAAGGCGUGUCGCUCGCAAUUCCAACCUUUCUCCGCACGUCUGGCACUUGCGCAGUCAAGAUAUUUGAGCUAAUCUCGGACUGGGCAGGUUUUACAUGCGACUGCAUCGGCUACCACGACUUCGACCUUUUCGUCAUGCUUAUGUAAAAGGCGUAUUAUCUCGGGCGCUUUCUCAGACCUGUGCAGCCAACAUCACUCUGAGCACCAUGAUCAUAUCCACACGUCCUACUAGCAAAGUUCCUAGUUUUAUUGCUUUUUCUUCUUUACCCCCAGAACUACUCAUCGAAAUAUUUUCAACUUGUAGCCUUACAGGUGACUGGCACAUCCCCCUCACACUAUCCAAAGUCUGCCGUUUGUGGAGAGAAUUGAUCAUUUCGUCGCCCUGCAUAUGGCAGAUCAUUGUUGUAUUAGAUUCAAGGCGCUCCAUGUCCUCUAUUCGUACCCAGGCAGAGCUAUGGGUCGCUCGCUCGUCACCCCUUCCGUUCAAUGUAGUUGUCAAGCUGUCGGAUUUUGAGCGACUGUUACCCAUCAUGUCAUGUUUCCUCCCACAUCUCGCCCGUUGGGUGCGCUGCACUAUCACGUAUGAUGGUAAAACCAUCGAGACAUCCUUAUCAGACCUCACCCUAUCCACACCUCGUCGCAUAUUACAUCAUCUCGAUAUACUUCUCAAGACGCCCUUCGAGGACGUUGCAGGGGAUGAUGAAGACGAUAUUAUCUUUUUCUCCUGCGGAAGCGUGGCGUACCGUCACAUAUCUAUGAAAGUGGCAACGACCAAACUGCCCCACGCAGAUAUGGUCAACCCUUUGUUAUUCACAUCUCUCGAUAUUUCGGAGUCUGCGUUUGAACACUCCGUUCGAUCGUCAGACCUCCUUCGUUUUCUCGACCAUUGCCCCAACUUGGAGCACUUAUACUUUCACGGUUUAUCCAACGACGAAGGCACUCUUGUCACACUACCCACUGCCGUCUCCCUUCCGCGAUUACAUACACUGCUCCUCGACGAAAUCUGCAAUCAACGCAGUAUCCUCUCACACCUCUACCUCCCUGCAUUGCGAGAGCUCCAUCUGCGUCACAUUAACGUAGACUUCCCGCUAGAGCCAUACCACGUCCCCGAAGAAGGCGAUAGCGAGGAUGAGUCCCACGACUUCUCCCAAUCCCCGCAUAGCGACCUUCACACCGGCAUGGGUCUCCGCAAACUUUUAUCACGCUCACGCCCUCCGCUCGAGAUUCUGGACAUGGACUUGUCAGAUAUGCGCACCAAAGACUUCCGCUGGGUCUUUGAUAAGUUGCCGGAGCUAAAACAGUUCUCCAUCGUCGGGUCCGAUAUGUCGGAUUCGGUGGUUACACUGUUCAUGCCUUUUGCUGUUGGAGAUGAGCAGGAGCAGGACGGGGUGCAGAUGAACGUGCGGCUACCCCAGCUUUCUGUUCUCAAGAUGUACAGCUGUCAGCAGCUGUCAGGGGAUGCGCUGGUGAAGGCCUUGAGUGCACGUGUCCGCCAUACAGACCAUGCAACGCCAGAUGCUACGCUGACGACAGUGGUCAUUUCAAGCUGCAACAAUUUUACUGCAGGUGAUUUUCAAGAGUUGUCCUGGGAUUUGCACGAUCGUCUGCAUGUGUCGUGAAUCGUGAUGGUGCAUCUGGAAUGACGCCCUUAGUGGCCGUUUAUGGAUAUGGUCUCAUACCUAUCGCUCACAGCAUAUAGAUGU